AUGGAAGAGUUCCUCGUCCAGAAUGCCAAACGAUACCAGGAUCUGGUCAAGGCCUUCAAGCCUGGAGCCAGCACGCAAACGUCGACCGCGAAACACGCGUCAACAAGCCCAGACAUCGUUGUCAGCACGAGGAUCCGACCAUUAUUAGACGAAGAAACGUCUGCUGGAUUUUCAGAAUCCGUGUUCCCUCGAGAAGCCCAACCCGGAGUCGUGGAUGUUCAUGAGCUCAGGAGACCCGUCCGGGGACGGCCCACGUUGAAGUCCUCCCUCUACCAAGUGGACCGAGUGUUCGGCGCCGAGGCAAAGAUCGAGGAUGUUUACGACGUGGUGUCACACCUGGUCCCCUUUGCGUGUUCUGGGGGAAUUGGCACCCUGUUUGCCUAUGGGCAGACCGGGUCGGGCAAGACUUUUACAGUCAGCGGCCUGGAGAAGAUGGUGGUCCGGGCUUUGAUGCAACGCGAUGAUCUCGACAAGAACAGAAUAUUCAUCACUGCCAUCGAGUUGGCCGGAAACUCGGCUUACGACCUCCUCAACUCACGCAAGCCCAUCUCCAUCCUAGAAGACUCAUUCGGUGUCACCCAGCUGGCCGGAGCCCAAGAACAUGAAGCAAAGUCAACCAACGACGUGCUCGGUCUCAUCGAAACCGCAACAUCUUUCAGACAAACCCAGUCAACGCAGAAAAACGAUGUCUCCUCCCGCUCCCACGCAAUCUGCAGAGUGCGGAUCCAACGAACCACAGACAAUACCGACGAGGACGGUCUUCUCUACCUGAUUGAUCUAGCAGGCUCCGAGGCAGCCCGUGAUGUUGCGUCUCACGGCGCUGAUCGGAUGAAAGAGACACGGGAGAUCAAUGCCAGCCUUUCUGUCUUGAAAGACUGCAUCCGAGGCAAAGUCGAAGCCGAUGCGUUGGCGGCCGUGGCCCUCACCGCCUCAAAGUCCGAGAAGAUGAAGAUGAAGAAACCGCACGUGCCAUUCCGGCAGAGCGCCUUGACAAAGGUGCUGAAGCACGUCUUUGACCCUGCUGGCACACGAAUCUGCAAGACUGUGGUGAUUGCCUGUGUCAAUCCUAGUAUCGUCGACGUCGGAGCCAGCAGGAACACCCUGCGGUAUGCCGAGAUGUUGCAUGUCCUCGUGCCCAAGGCCAAGCCCGUCGCUUAUAGGGCCGAUGUGCCGACGACCUGGUCGAACGAGAAGUUGAGAGAGUGGAUCGAUAACAAUUCCGGAACACCCCCCAUCUCGUCAUCCCUUCUAGCAGCGACCGAGACAGGAACACAACUCCUUCGCCUCUCAGCCCCCGAGUUCGAGGCCAGAAGCAUGAAAACACCCGGUGUGACCGUUGAGCAGGCAAAAGCGUUCCGUUCAAAGCUGUGGCAGAUUCACGUAGAUUCGCAGCGAGCGGCACAACUGGGCGAUGCUCCAUCUGCAGCAGAGUCUGACGCGCCUGACACAAUCCUUGGUCAUCUUACCAUGGCUGAACGAUCUUCGAGCCGCGAGCUGGACCCAGAUUUGGCGAUCCUACCGUUCAAGGAGCGCAUCAGGCCAGGCAUGGUUGUGAGCUGGACUCCACCGCCCGAUUUCCCACUGGGGUUGCCUGGGGGAAUGAAUCUCGCCAUGGUGCUGUGCCCGGCAGACGCGGCUGGGCGUGCUGCUAAGAACGUGUUCGGGAGCCAGGUCGACUCGGCGGACGCCGAUCAAGACGAGGCGAAGGCAAGGCGCUAUUUGUGUGCUUUGAUUAUGCCAGGUUUCAUGAGCGAAACAUACGAGAUCAACCUCUGGCGCCAGGUGGUUAUUGAAACAGAGCAAAUGAACGCCGAGGUCUUACUCGAAUAUGACGCUGGCACAAGAUACUAUUACAUGGCGGUCUAA